UAUAAUCAUCAAUUGAAAAAACUGAGGUAUGAGCAAGAGAGGCAUGGUGAUGAUGUCAUCCCACCCUGCAUCGUCUUCUUCCUCCGCCUCCACUUGGGUAUCCACCACCUCAGUCUCAGCUUCCGGUAAGCGGAUUCAGAGGGAAAUGGCUGAGCUCAACACUGAUCCUCCUCUUGAUUGCUCUGCUGGCACCAAAGGCGACAAUCUCUACCACUGGGUCGCCACCAUUAUUGGUCCCCAAGGGACUCCAUAUGAAGGCGGUAUAUAUUUUCUCGACAUCACAUUUCCCAGUGAUUAUCCAUUUAAACCUCCAAAGGUUGUGUUUAAAACCCGAAUCUACCACUUCGAUGUUGAUUCUGUGGGGAAUGUUAGUUUGGAGAUCUUGAAGGAUGGUUGGAGUCCAGCUUUAACAAUUACAAAAGUGUUAAUUGCAAUUAGAAAGAUUUUCACCGAUCCCGACCCAUGUAAUAAUCCUCUUGUUCCUGGCAUUGCACACUUAUACAUGGUAGACAAAGCGAAGCACGAUAAAAUUGCUGCAGAAUGGACGUUGCGAUUCGCAAAGUAAAUUCGACAUAAGAGCAUGUAUCCAACAAUUUUGUAGAUAUUUAAGUACUUCUUUACUACAAGACUAAAGAUUUCACAACCCUAUUGUUACACUAUGAAAUAGUGUAGGGGCAUAUUAGUAAUUUAUAAAGGAUGUGAAUGACUAUAAAUAUGUAAUUGUGUAGUUAUUAUUGAAUAUGGAAUGAGAAAAUAGAACUUUGGUUCAAUUGGGAGAUUGGCGCUGUCUCGAAAAGUGCAUUUGGAGAUUUGUCCUGUCUCGAAGAGGACCUGUUAUAAGCUUACUAUGGGCAGCUUUUGUAUUUGAUUGUUAAGCCAUAGCAAACAUAAGAUAAACUUGUUGUAUAAUAUAUGAUGAAGGAAUUGAUAGUUUUUUUUUCCCCAAGUUUAUACAUGUAACAUGUUCCUGUGUUUU